AUGGGAGAUAACGUGGGUCAUGAGACAGCGGGGGACUCAUGCCGUUGUCGGUGUAGCAACAUCAGAUGCACCACUACAUUCUGUAGGAUAUACCACACUAAUAGGCAGCAAUGGCAAGUCUUGGGGCUGGGACUUGGGAGGAACAAACUGUACCAUGAUGGCAAAAAUCAGCCAAGUAGAACAUACCCUGCUUUUCUGGAGCCUGAUGAAACCUUCAUUGUGCCAGAUUCUUUCUUGGUGGUACUAGACAUGGAUGAUGGUACGCUGAGUUUCAUUGUUGAUGGACAGUACAUGGGCACUGCUUUUAGAGGACUAAAGGGAAAGAAACUCUAUCCUGUUGUCAGCGCAGUUUGGGGCCACUGUGAAAUCAAGAUGCGUUACAUAAAUGGACUUGACCGUAAGUUUCAUUUUCUUUGUGUUCCACUCCUUGCUGUGUUUACUGGCCAUUUCAUGCAAUGUGGCCACCAGCUGUUCAGUUUGGAUUUUGUUGUACUGGAAAUAAGACUAGUUGCCCACUUGGCUCAGGGCAGAGCAAAUCUCGUGUUCAAGCAGCACCCUAGUGGUGGCUGA